AAUGCCUCCCGACAGUCGACGGGAAGAUAGAACUAUACACGACAAGGACGAAGCUUCUAUCGGUCGAUGACACCUUCCCAUCCAGAAGUCCCUCCGCCACGUCAGAAACAAACCCUUUUUGAGUAUCCACCGCUUAAAGAAGUUCCGAUAUGCUUUGCGGUUACUGUAUGCACUAUGGCUUAUGCCUGGUAUGGAGUUUAUAGAGCAAGUCAGCAGUUUGAAUGGAGCAUUGGAGACUAUGGAAUUUGGAGUUCACCUCCAAUAAUUGGAAAUUUGACGGGACCCUUGAUGAAGGACGUCUCAAACUGGGAAUGGUCCCGUUGGUCACCGUUCGCACUCUCCUAUCUCCCAGUAUUUUUUGGUCAUUUCUUAGUUUUCAACAUUGGAUCCGCGAUUCUCCCAGAAUCUGCAUUCAUCCCAAUCUACACAUUAUGCUCGAUUGCAGCUGUUGCAUACAACUUUACGCCCUUCUUGGUGGCCGUGUCGAUGGCUCAAGGGACAGUUGUUUUCUUAACAGCUAUGUAUGCAAAAAAAACCUGGGCAGUAUGGCUAAGUGCACUUCCAGUGCUCUACGUGUCAAUGCAUGAGACAAAUUCUCUAUCGGACGAUCCUUUUCUCAUUUUCACAUUCCUAUCCUACUCCAUGAUUCACUACAUCUCAUAUUGCCUGGAGCACUUGAAGGGCGAGUCAAGAAAGGAGGAUGAUACAAUUUUAAAGAGAUAUUUGAGAAUGAUGUUUUUCGCUUUUUAUCAACCAUAUCUUUUUUCGUUGAUCGUGUUGUAUCCGGAUUUUGAACGUCAGUUAAGGGAAAGAAAAACCCGCCAACGAAACUGGCUAGAUUGUGCCUGGUCGGGAGUCCGAAUUGCGUUCUGGUGGUGGCUGAUGGAGGCCUCUCUCCAUUUCCUCUACCAUGAAGCCAUUUUAAAAAACGCUCCAUAUCUCUACUCUCUGCCGAAAGAUCAAUUUGUGGCUCUUGGCAUGGCGAUGGGCAUAUUUUUCCAUUUGAAGUACGCAGUCAUUUUUGGGCUUCCAACACUUUUUGCCAAGCUUGAUAAUAUGGAUCCACUUCCGGGCCCGAUUUGUUUGAUUCGGGUAACUUUGUACUCAAAGGUGUGGAGAGAGUUUGACCGCGGUCUUUAUCAAUUUUUCAAGACCUACAUUUUCAUCCCGAUCUGUGCUCCAACAUUUUCGUUGCCACGAAAAAUUUUCGGAGUUUUUAUCUCGUACGGUUUUGUGCUUCUUUGGCACGGAUUCUAUCAUCACAACAUUGUCUGGAUAGGAUUGAACAUCUUGGCCUUGUUCAUCGAGAUGGGAUCCAAGGCGAUCUACACAAUUGAAAGUGUUCGAAAGUGGCGGGAGGCUAAUCUAUCUGACGUGGCGUUCCGUAGAAUCUUGGCGUGGUGCCACAUUCUGCCAUUUGCCAUCGGCCUGUACUCCAACUUUUACUUCCUUGGAGGUUCAGAUGUUGGAGCGGCAUUUGUGCAAAGAUUUUUGAUAGAAGAGACUAUUACGUUUAGGUGGCCAUUCUUAUUAAUUAUCAGCUUGGGAUGGUUCCAUGCAAAUACCGCUAUGGAAGUUGAUAGGCUUAAGAGCCUGGAAAAGAGCAAAAAGGAGAAGAGUAAUUAAUAUUUGAUUUGCCAAAUAAAUUCUGGUUCAAUAUAUUUGUAAAUAAAGAAUAAACUAACUAGAAA